UCUCUCUCUCUCUCUCUCUCUCUCUUUCUCUCGCCGUCUUGUCUGAACGCUGGACUCGCAUGGUCAGCGAGGGAGAGAGGAAGAGAGGAAGAAGAUGGCAGGCCAAGUGGAGAGGGGCUGAAGGAGCUGGCAAUGCCGCAUCUCGCCGUGAUUUAUGGGCGCCAAUUCCAUCGUCGAUGGCGUUCGUCGGUUGUUCAAACGCCGCCACAAUCCCACUUCUUCAUCUUCUCAAUCUCAAUGUUCGGAUCUCAAACUAGACAAGGACGAGCAGGAUCACAGCGGUCUCAGACGCCUCAAAGUUCCUAGACGAGUUUCCAUGGCCGCCGUUGAUCCCCACAAGAAGAGCAUGCUUGACAAGGAUUUCUUCACCGAGUAUGGUGAAGCAAGUCAAUACCAAAUACAAGAGGUGAUUGGCAAGGGCAGCUAUGGAGUAGUUGGGGCAGCAAUAGACACGCACACAGGGGAGAGAGUGGCGAUCAAGAAGAUCAAUGAUGUAUUUGAGCAUGUUUCAGAUGCCACACGCAUUUUAAGAGAAAUCAAGCUUCUCAGGCUUCUCCGCCAUCCUGAUAUUGUGGAGAUAAAGCAUAUAAUGCUUCCUCCAUCACGGAGAGAAUUCAAAGAUAUUUAUGUUGUUUUUGAGCUGAUGGAAUCAGACCUCCACCAAGUAAUAAAAGCAAAUGAUGAUCUCACACCUGAACACCACCAGUUUUUUCUGUACCAGCUACUAAGAGCUCUAAAAUACAUUCAUACGGCAAAUGUUUUUCACCGAGACUUGAAGCCAAAAAACAUCCUCGCUAACGCAGACUGCAAAUUAAAAAUUUGUGACUUUGGCCUUGCCCGUGCAUCAUUUAAUGAUGCGCCAUCGGCAAUUUUUUGGACUGACUAUGUAGCAACAAGGUGGUAUCGUGCACCUGAACUAUGUGGCUCUUUUUUCUCCAAGUAUACACCCGCAAUUGAUAUAUGGAGCAUAGGAUGUAUUUUUGCUGAAAUGCUAACAGGCAAGCCGUUAUUUCCUGGCAAAAAUGUGGUGCAUCAAUUGGAUCUCAUGACUGAUUUGCUUGGUACUCCUUCAGCUGAAUCCAUAGCAAGGGUCAGCUUACUCUCUCAUUUAAUCACUAUCCAUUUCUUUGCAUUCAAUGUGACUAAAAUAUGUCUAAAGUUUAUUUCUUAUUUUCAUGGUUCUUGUCAUCUGCAGAUUCGAAAUGAGAAGGCUAAGAGAUACCUGAGUAACAUGAGGAAAAAACCACCAGUUCCUUUCUCACAGAAGUUUCCUCAUGCAGAUCCUUUGGCUCUUUGUUUACUUGAACGCCUAUUAGCUUUUGACCCCAAAGAUCGACCUACUGCAGAAGAGGCACUAGCUGAUCCAUACUUUUAUGGAUUGGCAAAUGUAGAGCGUGAACCAUCUACACAGCCAAUCUCAAAACUUGAGUUUGAAUUUGAGAGGAGGAAAUUGACAAAAGACGAUGUCAGAGAGUUAAUAUAUCGAGAGAUACUGGAGUAUCAUCCUCAAAUGCUGCAAGAGUAUCUACAAGGUACUGAGCAUAUUAGCUUUGUGUACCCCAGUGGAGUUGAUCGUUUUAAGAGGCGAUUUGCUCAGCUUGAAGAGCACCAUGGCAAAGGUGAAAGAAGUAGUCCACUUCAAAGGCAGCACGCCUCUCUACCUAGGGAGAGGGUAUGUGCAUAUAAAGAUAGUGAUAUUGAGGAGCAGACCGUAGCUUUAGUCGCUCGAGCCAGUCUUGAAAGUCCUCCAAGGUCACAGAAAAGUGAGGAUUCAGAGCAUGAUGAGGCUAUAGAAAAUGGCCAAUAUAUGUCAAACUACAACACCCGGGGCUUGCUUAAGAGUGCUAGCAUCAGUGCUUCAAAGUGUGUAACUGUCAAUCAAAGAAAGCAAAUGGAGGAUGAAGUGAUCUCCGAACUCACAGAUGAAGAAGGAAGCUGAUGAUUUUUUCACAUUUUAACUGCCGAAAUCCUGACAGAUAAUCAUUAAGCAAUGAAAUGUUGUGCUUGAGAACAUUUUUUUUUCUCUUAUAUUUGGAUUCUGUUAUCACUCUCACUGUAAUAGAAUUAGGAAACAUUUUAUUUUUUACCGAAAUAUGUAACCUUUGCAAAGUUAAUCCCUCAACCUGCGCUGCAUGUGUUUUCAUCCACAUGUGUAGAGUUAAUUUCUCA